CGCGAGAGGUGAGAGUUUUGCUUCUGCAAAAGAGCCGCAUUUCUCUCUCGUAGCUGUGUGUGCCCGGUGAUGCCUCCUUUCUUCGGGACGGUGCCGACCUGACUUGGGAUACAAAAGUCGUUGCUUUUAACAACAAGCAAAUAAAUGUCGGCCGAGAUGGACGUGCUACCCGACGUUGAGCUGGCGGUCAGCGUUCAAGAUGCGUACAAAUUCUACGGCUCAAAGAAAAAGCCUAUCGUCGUUUUGAACCAGUUGAAUAUGACGGUCGCCAGAGGUUGCAUUUACGGCCUGCUCGGCGCCAGCGGCUGCGGUAAAACCACUCUAUUGACGUGCAUAGUCGGCCGGAGAAAAUUAAUGUCGGGUCAGAUUUUGGUGCUCGGAGGGAAGCCAGGAACACCGGGCAGUGGCGUGCCUGGACCUAAAGUCGGCUAUAUGCCUCAAGAAACGGCGUUGCUGAACGAAUUCACGAUACGAAACACAAUGAACUAUUUUGGCAAAAUUUACGGCAUGACCACGGACGAGGUUGAAGACAGAAUGCACCUACUGUGUGGAAUUUUGGAGCUGCCGCCAAAGGACACACAAAUUCUCCACCUCAGCGGAGGACAAAAGAGGCGCGUCUCGCUGGCGGCCGCUUUGUUACACGACCCAGAACUGCUCAUUUUAGACGAGCCGACCGUCGGAGUCGAUCCAGUUUUGCGCCAUAGCAUAUGGGAGUACUUGGUAGAAAUUACUCAGAAACAGAACAAGGCUGUGAUUAUUACUACGCACUACAUAGAAGAGGCGCGGCAAGCUGACAAAAUAGGCCUGAUGCGUGAGGGAACCCUGUUGGCUGAGGACGCGCCCGAAAAUCUGAUCAGGAAGCAUGACUGCGAAACGUUAGAGGACGUUUUCCUCAAGUUGAGCAGACGGCAGGAGGAGCUGAAGGAGCUUGGAAUAACAAGCCAAAGCAGAUCACCAGCCAUUGAGCAAUCUCAGGAUAGUAUUGAAAAGGAGCCACUGCCAGUAGUUAGAGUUCAGGAUAAAGAACAGGAAGAGAGGAAAAAGAUGAGAAAACUCAAACCUACGAUUCUAGGCGCGCUCCAGUCUCAACUGAUGAUGACUGCUCUUAGAUAUUACCGAAAUCCAGGGUCUUUAUAUUUUUUGGUGAUGUUCCCAAUUCUGCAACUGCUCGUGUUUGUGUAUGCGGUCGGCCACGAGCCUCGAAGUCUGCCCCUGGCCAUCGUCAACGAGGAACUCAGUUUUGACAAUGUGACCAACUGCGUGGGGCUAGCUGAGCCUGGCUGUGAUCCUCCUUUCCUCAGCUGCAGACUUAUGAAUGAAAUCAACCCCGAGCAAAUCGUGCCACAAUUUUACCUCACUUGGAACGAGUCAUUAGAUGCAGUCAAAAGUGGAAAGGUCAAAGGCGCUCUCCACAUCGGCCCUAACUUCACAGAGGCGUGGAAGGAGCGCAGGGAGGUUUGGCAGGAAGUGAGCGACGAGUUGAUUGACGACAGUGAAAUCGCCGUGUCACUCGACAUGUCUGAGCUGCCAAUCGCUCAGUUUUUGAGCAAGGAACUGCUGGCGAGCUACAAGAGAUUUGCUAAACAGCUUCUCCAGGACUGCAAUAUAUCAGCAAGGCAUGGAGACACGCCAAUCCAAUUUCAAGAGCCGAUAUUCGGGCGAAACAGUCCCAACUUCACCGACUUUAUGGCCUCAGGAUCAAUUUUGACUAUUGUCUACUUCAUGAGCUUAGGAAUUACGUGUGUGAUCAUGGUCACCGAAACCAUGGAAGGGAUUUGGGACAGGGCAUUGGUAGCAGGAGUAACGGAGCAGGAGGUGCUUGUCUCGCACAUCGUCACCCAGACCAUUCUCAUGAUGAUCCAAGUUUUCAUUGUGCUCACUCUCAGUUUAGCCAUUUUGAAACUGGAAAAUGAAGGCUCCAUUCUCCUCAUUGCAGUUAUCUGCCUAAUUAUUGGCUGGUUUGGCGUUUUUAUGGGCGUCUUGAUAUCAAUCUUCUGCAGCAACAUCAACUCAGCGUCUUACUUAUCACUGGGCAGCUUUGUGCCCGUAGUUUUCCUCUCUGGGAUUGCGUGGCCUCUUGAAGGCAUGGUGCCCGCCCUGCGCACCUACUCCGAGUUUCUGCCCAUCACCAGGGCAACCACUACCCUACGAGCCAUCAUGUCCAGGGGCUGGGGAAUCGAAUACCCCGACGUCUAUAAUGGCUUUGCCUACUCUGCUGUGUGGACAGUAAUAGUGUCGAUAAUUUGCUUCAUCGGCGUCAGGUACAAGAAGUGACCUGAAGAGAGCAAUAAACUGUAACCGGUCAACUGCAUUUGAAUAUUUUUAAGUGAAUUAAAUCAUGGGUAUUUUUUAGCUGUAAAUUAACUAUUUUAAUAUUGAAAUUAUGAAAAGAGUAAAAAUUUUGAUAUCUUAAAAAAA